AUGGCCGCAGACGUGAAUAACAGAAUCCCCGAGGAUGAGAGCAGAGUCUCCCCGCAGAACGGACACCAGGCUCCGGGCUCCGGGCGCUGGAUGUACCGGGGCGUGUGGACCCUGCUGAUGGUCGCUGCUGUCCCUCUCCUCGCCUUUGGGAUCAAGUAUUAUCAGGACAGCCGGCUCUUCAGGCGUCACGAGGAGAGUGUUCGUGCUCUGGGCGCAGAGGGACUCUUCCUCUUCUCCUCCCUAGACACCGAUCAUGACCUCUAUCUCAGUCCGGAGGAGUUUAAACCGAUUGCUGAGAAACUCACAGGCAUUUCACCUCCUGUGGACUUUGAGGAAGAAGUGAUCCAUGACCCUAAUGGAGAGACUCUGACAUUGGCGGCCACAAUGCAGCCUCUGCUGCUCAACUCUAUGACAAAAAGCAAGGAUGGUUUCCUGGGGGUCUCUCACGGCUCCCUGAGUGGACUGCGGUCCUGGAAGAGCCCAGUGGCGCCUUCCUCCUCCUUCUCUGCCAGCCAGUUCAGGGUCUUCCUGCCGCCAAAGAACAAGGGGGAAGUGGGAGACGCGUGGUGGCUGAUUCCGAGCGAGCUCAACAUUUUUACUGGAUACCUGCCCAACAACCGUUACCACCCGCCCACCCCGAAAGGCAAAGAGGUGCUCAUCCACUCCCUGCUCGGUAUGUUUCAUCCUCGACCCUUCGUCAAAUCCCGUUUCGCUCCUCAGGGCACGGUCGCCUGCAUCCGUGCCAGCAACGACUUUUACUACGACAUUGUCUUCAGGAUCCACGCCGAGUUCCAGCUGAACGACGUCCCAGACUUUCCCUUCUGGUUCACGCCGGGUCAGUUCGCGGGCAACGUCGUCCUCUCCAAAGACGCGUCUCACGUGCGCCACUUCCACCUCUACGUCCCUAACGACAGGUCUCUGAAUGUCGACAUGGAGUGGCUGUACGGUGCCAGCGAGAGCAGCAACAUGGAGGUGGACAUCGGAUACCUGCCGCAGUUAGAGCUGCAAUCCACAGGCCCGUCCACUCCGUCUAUCAUCACGGACGAGGAGGGGAACAUCAUCGACAGCAGAGACGGCGCCACUGAGCCCAUCCAGUUCAUCUUUGAGGACAUCCACUGGACGUCGGAGAUCAGUCGGCAGGAAGCUGCCCGGCGUAUGGAGGUCACACUGUACCCGUUCAAGAAGGUGCCCUACCUGAAGUUUUCGGAGGCCUUUGAACGAGCCGAAGUGGAGAAGAAGCUGGUGCAUUCCAUACUGCUGUGGGGAGCAUUAGACGACCAGUCCUGCUGAGGUUCCGGGCGGACUCUCCGGGAGACAGUCCUGGAAAGUUCGCCCGUCCUGGCCCUGCUCAACCAGAGCUUCAUCAGCAGCUGGUCUCUGGUCAAAGAGCUGGAGAACAUGCAGGCUGACGAGCAGAACUCUGUGCUGAGUGAGAAGGCUCGCCUACAUCUGGAGAAUUACAACUUCCCCGUGGAGAUGAUGGUGGCUCUGCCAAAUGGAACCAUUGUCCACCACAUCAAUGCCAACUACUUCCUGGACAUGACAGCCAUGAAGCCGGAGGAGGAAGGAGCAGCGUUUAGCUUCUCUUCAGGGUUCGAGGACCCGUCCACGUCCACGUACAUCAACUUCCUGAAAGAAGGGUUGGAGAAAGCAAAGGAGUACCUGGCACAGUAG